AUGUUAAAUUAUUCAUAUGGUGGUGGAGGACCUGGCCAAUUUGGUGGUGGUGGAGCUACUGAUAUCAGACUUCUUCCAGGAGAAUACGAUAACUUUACAUCAUUGAAAAGUCGAAUUAUCGUUGCAGCUGGUGCUGGGGCUACUGAUUCAAACGAUCUAGGAGGUCCCGGAGGAACUAUUGAAGGAUUUAAUAGCCAUGGGAAUUACGGAAAAGGUGGAACCCAAAUAUCUGGAGGACAAGGUGAUAGUAGCGGCAAAUUUGGAAAAGGAGGUGGAAAUCCGAAUCGGAUUGAUGCUUCAGGAAAUGCUGGAGGAGGCUCAGGAUAUUUUGGAGGAGGCACAUCUACUAUUGCUAAUGAUUAUGGCGGUGGUGGAGGUAGUAGUUUCAUCAGUGGUUAUCCAGGGUGUAUCGCCAUAGCCGAAGAUUCAACAGAAAAUUCAAUAAAAUUUCGAACUGAAAAAUUCAAAUUAACUUUGAGAUGA